GCUGAACCUGCGGGAGCUGGGUCCUUGGGCCUCCCACAUGCGCUGGAUCAUCUGGAUCAUGGCCUCGGGUGGGACGCUCUACGUCUUCUUCUUCCAUGAACGGUACAAGGUGGUGGAGCUGCUUUGUUACCUGGUCAUGGGUUUUUUCCCUGCCCUGGUCAUUCUCUCCAUGCCCAACACGGAUGGUCUGGUGGAACUGGUAGCUGGUGGCAUCUUCUACUGCUUCGGUACAGUCUUCUUCAAGAGUGAUGGACGCAUCCCCUUCGCCCAUGCCAUCUGGCAUCUCUUUGUGGCAUUCGGAGCUGGCACUCAUUACUAUGCUAUUUGGAGGUACCUCUAUCGGCCAGAUGGUCUCCAAUCUCACAUCUCCAGGUAG